AUGAGGGAUGACCAGAUUCCAUUCUGUGCAUUCAAAGGGGCAGUUCCAUCGGAAUAUGCUGAAAUUGUUUGGACACAGGCCCAUUUACUUCCACGUUGGGCAGAUCCAGUGACCUGUCGCCGUGAACUUAGCUGUCCCCCCAAAAUGAGCACUGAUAAAUACUGCAAGACUUUUAUUACUCAACUUCAAAUUGUUGCAGAGCCAUCUCUCAAACUUGUUGUUCGUCAUUGUCAAGCCGUUUGUCACUCUCAAGAAAACAAGGAUGACGCUAAUAUUUCCUCACUUGAGCAACGAACGACUUUAAAGGCAGUAAUGGAACGCAUUUACGAGUUCUUGCAGACAAAGCUGAACACAGGGAACGACGUGAGAAGCCUUCUGGUGAAAACCCCAUGCGUUUUGGUCGAGCAAGGGAAGAGAUUUAUUCUUCCACAGCAGGUAGUGCUCGAGUUGUAUGAACAUCUCGAAAUCAAGCCCUUUCUAUACAGUCUACCUCGAGAGUUUGGCAAGUUUCACGCUUUAUUUCAUGCUCUUGGCUGUUCCAAGUAUGUCUCGAUUGCCCACUACGCUAUGGUGUUACAAAUGCUGUACCUGAAAUCAAACACCGACAAACUACAUCCGAAUGAGAUGAAGGCAUGCGUUAAAGCAGUGAAAGGUUUUUUUCAACUGCUUGAGGAAAGCGCAGGAGAGUUGUCGAGCGUUCCACAGCUUUACCUUCCAGGAAUCCCCUUAAGGGGAACGUCCUUAGUUCAGGCGGAGGGAGUUAUACCAGUGACAUUACGACAGUCUUCGUCCUUGGUGUUCUUUGAUGCCUCCCCAUCCUUCCACGAUCGUCUGCAGAAUUUGGACCAUCUUGUGCUUGACCUGAAGUCCAUGAAAGUGACUUGUAGCUCUGCCAUGACGAACCACAAAGAGCUAGUGAUGAAAUUGCAAACUGCAUUACGACCCAAAAUGCUAUCCAGUUUGAGUAAAGAAACACUCUCCUCGAGGAAUGAGGUGUCAACUUUGUCAGUUGAAGCUGUGAAUUCUCUCAUACACAAGCUGACCUGCCCACAGUUCAUUGCUGCGAUUGUGAGACUAAUACGGGACGAGAACCAGAGUAGGAAGGAUAUAAACGACGCUGUUAUUGCAAUGGUCGAGAGACGCCCUCGAAGAAGUGAUAUCUGCAUUGUAGAGAACCUCCAAAGUGUCUUACUUUGUGACGACAGUCCUAUUCAGGGCAGCCAAAAGAGAGUAUCUUCCUUCCUAGAAAGUAGUAUUGUCUCAGAUGAAGAGAAGUGGACGGUCUAUCUCGAUCUGCUAUCGGUGAUGAACGAAAACUUUGCACAUAUUUCCAUACUUUCCGACGUAAUUGUAAACGUUUUGGAGGGUCUUCUUGUAAAGAGAGCACUGAUGGUCCCUCGUUUGUUGGAUUGUGACCCCCGUGACAUGUCUCGGUUACUAGAUGCUUUUCAUGUACCUUCGGAUGACUCUUACGUUCUUCGGGAAGAAGUUGAUAUCUUUCCAAAAAUUGGCACUUUUAUUCCACUUGUAGACCAUCACUUGUUAAACGACACCUUUGAAGAAUUUGAGCCUGGUGAAUACGUUGGUUUUGAGCUCGAAGAUCCAACUCUAAACCACGAGAGGGGUGUUCCAACUUACAUCUAUGCAAGAGUUGUCAGGGAAGUGACAGAGAAAAGCUUUUCUCUCUUGACGAAGAGAUAUAAAAUCGACAUUGGCGGUGGCCAAGAGUUAGAAGUUGAUGUGGCUGACCUUUAUAAGUUCCAUCGUUGGUCAACUAUAUCAUCAACGAUAGUAGUGUUUCAACCUCAAGAACGAAGCCCUCCUGAACGACGUAUAAGCAGAAACCAACAAGACGUAUUUGAUGAGAUCUCGAAACUUCUAGAAGAUGCGUGGAAGUUGUCAGAGGAGAAACGUCGAAAAAUUAUCAAGCGGCUCUAUCUGCAAUGGCAUCCUGACAAAAACGUGGAUGAUGAGGAAUUCUGCACAGACGUUUGCAAGCAUAUCCAGAGUGAAACUUCGCGGAUGGAAAGAUGGGAGCCUCGAGGAAGUCAGCAAAGCUCAGACGUUGGCCCCAGCCGAGGUCAGCAUGGCUCUUACGACCAGUUUUUUAAUCGCUGGGGAGAACGCGCCAGGGAACAUCACACACAGCGCGAAGGAUACAGAUCCAGACAGCAAUCCUCUCGAAACUCUACCAGAGCGAGGAAUCCUCAACCUGGAGAAGCCAGGCGAUGGCUCAGCCAGGCUGAGGCUGAUAUAGCUGCAACGGAGAAUGACAUUUUCUACCAAAGACCCUCCUAUGAAUGGGCGUGUUUCAAAUGCCACCAGGUAAGCUGA